AUGAGUUUGGCGGCAGUAAUAAGCAUCGUGCUUUUGGUUGGGACAGCGCUUCCCAUCGUUGGUGCUAGUGGCAACCAGGGAGCGAAGACAUUUCCCGGUGCUUCGCUCGUUCUACCAGCUGUGUUGCCGAUUGUGGGGACUAUCAUUCCAGCACUGCUACCUGGACUGGGCCCGCCGGGAAUUGGAGGUGGCCCCGGAUCCGUGGGGUUGCCGGGAGUAUCCGUUUCCCACUCGACGUCCAUCGCGACUUCGGUACACAAUCGACCGAUCGCUAUAAGUCAUAGCGGAUCGGUUUCAACGAUUGGAAACACGGAUGCCGGUUCUGCUGCUUCCGUCGGAUCGCACCAUGGAUCGGUGAGCGCUCAGAGUAGCGCCCAGACAAGCCGGAAGUCCCACUCCGCCAACGGUCCGCUUUUAAGCAAACGAUGGAGAAAAUUAUUUAAAAAGCUCGGCUAG